GGCGGGGAACUCUUGCUUGCUCUUAUCGAGACAAUUCACCGCCUUCCUUUCUGUUUGUUUGCCCCGCGACUGUGACUGGAUCCAGCCAAACCAAACCAGAGUCACCCAAUAUCAACCGCCACUACACCAACGUCAUCUAUCGCGAACCUCGUUUCUUACUCAUCCACGAUUUUUGAGAACCGAUACCGAAAAUCCCACAGUAUUCGACCGACAAUAAUCGCUACCCAACCAAGUUCUCUUUGAGUAAUCGAACACAAUGUCUGCCAAGGUUCCUCGCAACUUUCGCCUACUGGAGGAGCUCGAGAAGGGAGAGAAGGGUCUCGGCGCUGAGGCAUGCAGUUACGGUCUGGAGGAUCCUGAGGAUCUUCUCAUGAGCAAAUGGAACGGCACAAUUCUUGGACCUCCUCAUUCCGUCCACGAGAACCGUAUCUACAGUGUCAAGAUGCACUGCGGUCCCGAGUACCCUGACAAGCCUCCUUCGAUCCAGUUCAUCAGCCAGGUCAACUUGCCCUGUGUCAACCCCAACAACGGCAUCGUCGACCCCAACCAACUGCCCUGUCUCGCCCAGUGGAAGCGUGAGAACACUAUGGAGACUGUGCUCAUAGAGUUGCGACGAUACAUGGCCUCGUCCCAGAACAAGAAGAUCGCCCAGCCUCCUGAGGGCUCUACCUACUUCUAAGUCACGAACACCUCUACACGCCGUUAUGUCAAGAUAAAAACCAUACGAUAAACCAAUGAAUCGAACUUGAAGAUCAACAAAGUCUUUUAAGAUGGAGUAAGAAAGAAGCCAACAGGCCAUACUCCGCUGUUGUUCGAGAAUAUAUGCGAUUAUAACGAUCGCGAACUACAAUAUGAUAUACAAAGCUGCAGAAUGCCUCUCCCUUCCCUUCCGUCUUCAUCACAUUACAGUCCCAGUAUCCUCCAAUUCCUAUUGGCUUUUCGUCACGUUCGUCAGAGAACAAAAUUGCUACUCGCUCUUGCGCCUGUCCUCAAGACCAAUCCCAGACCCGAUGACUCAAAGCAAAGUCGAUUUUCGUAGAGAUGGUAUAAGGCUAGACAUUUCGAGAUAUCCUUAAGAGAGUUGGGCAUAGUCGUUUAGGGAAAUUUCUCCGUUCCACUUUCAUGACAAAGGGGCCUUAGAUAUCCCCAGUACGCCGCUUUAGCUGAAGUACUCCAGGAAAGAUAAAGAGUAGAUCGCAGGUAAUCAUCGCCGACAAAGGAAAAUGUUUGAUGUGCGUGAUCAUCAAAGUGACCGAGGUAUCCAAGAAAUAAAAUACUCCAAUCCCCAGA